CUCCAAGCGGAAGCCCGCAGGAGUCCGCGGAAAAAUGGCUGCUGCAGCGGGGUGGACGGCGACCGGGAGCGGGCUAUAAGGCCCGCGCCCCCCCGUCCCCGCUGCCCCCUUACCAUGAGGCCAGUGAGUCGACGAGCCCUGGACUGGAUCUACAACUUGCUGUUACUGGCAAUCGUCCUGCUUUCCUGGGGAUUCAUCAUCUACGCAUCAACUGUAGCUGCACGAGAACAGCUGCAGAAGGAGUUUCCAGACAAAUUUUUAGGAAUGAAUGAACUUAUAUAGACUUAAAAGUAAAACAAAAACAAAAACCACAAUACAAAAUUGCGCAUGGUCUUUUGUGAUACUUGUUAACAUGCUAAUUUUUCAAAUAGAUGGGACAGCCUUUUUUGUAUCAUCGUAGUACUCCACAGACUUCAUAUUCUCCUGUCAAAUCAGUGUGUAAAUAAAUAUAGCAUGUGACUAAA